CAAAUCCCAUGAGUCACAGAACUUUAGUGUUGAAGAAUUACGAAAUUUUAAAAUGAUGAAGAUCAAUGUAAUAUGGCCCUUGUUUUACAUCAUAGUUCCCUUAGCAUUUGGGGAGUUGAAGGUUGGAUUCUAUGAUUCUUCAUGCCCAAAAGCAGAGUCCAUUGUCAAUAAACUUGUGCAGAAUCGAUUCGAUCGUGACAAGACUAUUACUGCAGCUUUGCUUCGCUUGCAUUUCCAUGACUGUGCUGUCAGAAUUGUAACACGUGAGCUGCAUGAUGGGAGUGAACGACAUGUUAUUAUGAAUGAAAGACAGGUGGAACGUGAUCAGGGACACGUGGAACUUGAUCAGCAGGAGGUGGAGAGCAGACGCAGCACUAGGAUUCGUAAGGAAAAUUCUCUUUUAAAAGGAUUUGCGCGACGACCCUCUGUUCAUGCAGCCGAUAAUAUUUUUGGGAUUCUAUUUCGUUACAUUUCCCUUACAGAAUCCAUAAACUUCUUUUUAUAUUGUUGUUGA